GUCCAUUGACCAAUGUCAUUUUUAUGAAUGGCAUACAAUCAGACAUUGGAACUUUUUGUUGCUUGAUGGCGAGACAAUUUCGCAUAAGAAAUCGCUUUCCAAACAAUAUUUCAUGUCGAUAGAAGAAGCUUAUCGUAAUUCCUAGAGGAUUACGAUUUUUUAAAGUUUGCGAACAUGUAGCCGUGUAGAAAUAGACACGACAGAAAAAGAGCCGCGCAUAGAUGGGAUAAAUCGUGUAAUCUAUUUUUGUAAGAUUUCGUACAGUUAUCCUUCCUGGAUCUCUCCUGGACCUUUUGUUCUGUAAGACUACGUCGGUGGAUCAAUCAGAAUGACAGAAAAAUUACCCGACGAGAUAACAAAAUCAGGUUUUCGUCGAAAGGUGUGGGAUUAUAUGGCAAAGAAUGAAUUAGUAAACUUUCCCAUUAAUAUAUAUAAACGUAUCCCAAACUUCAAGGGUGCUGCGGAGGCAGCACAUCGAUUGGCUGAAUUGGAUGAAUUUAAGAAGGCAAAAACCAUAAAAAUAAAUCCAGACAAACCACAAGAACCAGUGCGAUUUUUAGCUUUAGAGGCCAACAAAGAAAUUAUUGUGCCUAUUCCCAGGUUAAGAUCUGGCUUAUUUUUGCAUGUUAUACCAGUCGCUGGUGCAACAAAGGAACAACUAAAAACAUUAGCUUCCAUGCGUGGCCUAGAGCAAGCUGGUAAACCACUUGGACUCGAUUCCAAUAUUAAGGUAGAUCUCAUUGUGUUGGGAUCUGUAUGCGUGAGUCGAGAUGGAUACAGGCUUGGCAAAGGAGAAGGUUUUGCAGAUCUCGAAUUUGCAAUGAUGAUGAGAAUGGGCACAAUAACAGAAAACACAGUCGUUAUCACGACAGUGCAUGAUUGCCAAAUCAUAGAUUAUUUACCACUACAAUUGUUCAAAGAAUAUGACGUGCCGGUGGAUAUAAUUGUUACACCAACACAAACCAUAUUUGUGAAGCCGAGAUUAAAGAAACCAUCUGGCAUACUGUGGCAUAUGCUCAGUGAAAGAAAACUCAAAACCAUGCAGGUAUUACAGCAGCUCAAAGAGAUGGAUGAAAAAGAUGGCAAGAUGGUAACUCUGAAGGAAGUUGAUUCUGAUAUUGAGACACAUCGAUAUAUAAAAAAUCGUGUUAAAUACUCGAAAAACAAGAAACAUCUCAAUAUAAAGAAGGAUACAUCUAAUAUGGAAAAUUCUACUGUGGAAAGUGCCAAAGAUAAAAUUCUUAAGCCACGUUUUCUACGAAAACGUACUUAUAAGAAAACAAAAACUGAAGAAGAGAAUAAUUUUUCUAAUGCCGAAACGAAAAUGGAAACUAUUAAAAGUAUCCCUCGACGACGAAAGAAUCUCCGUGCCAGAACGAAAGCGCAUAUCGACUUCUCUUUGAAGCUGUCGAACAUCUCGUCCGGCGUGAGAGUCCGAGAUUUGAAAAAUGCUCUGCUGGAGCGUGGCAUUAAGCCGAGUGAAAUAACUUGGCAAGGCUAUCGCGGGAUUUGUUAUCUUCACUUUAGCAAACUCAGGAGUGAAACUGCUUUCCCAGAUCAGCCAAUUCAGGUAGACUCGAUCAUGGCAAAUUUACAGCAGCUUCGAAUCGGUGAGUUUAUGAAUAACGAAGAAGGGUUUAUACAUGUAGAACCCGCGAAACCGAUUUCCAGAAUCGAGGUUACUGAUGUGACGACUGUUUAAAUGACAUUUAUUGGGAACUACAUAUAAUUAAGUAGUUUCUUUGAUGUUUACAUCGUUUCGAUGUCGAAUAUACAUGUAUAUUUUCUCUAAAGUUAAUUCUUUUUAAAAAUAUUUUUGUUAUAUAUAUAAAGUGUCUCGGGAUAACGCGCAUUUCUCAUCAGUUAUAAAUUUUAAGAAAUUCUAUGUAUAAGAACACAAAUAUUUUAUUGCAAGAUAUAAAUUGGUAUUUUUUAACCUUUUUAUUUUAUCUUUGCUUUAUUGAUUAAUAAGUUAAGCGAAUAAAAUAGCGAAUAAAGCUGUAUUUAAAUAUGACAUAAUAAAUAAUAUAAUGUUAAUUUAAAUUUUUGCUCAAAAGAAAUCGGUUUUCCCGAAAUUUGAAAAUUUUUCAUUGAAAAAUCAUAGCUAAAAGAAAUUGCGCGACUUCUGGGACAUAUUGUAAUCUUAUUUUUACAGAUAUUAGCUUAAAUGUUUUGAUUUAUACAUGAUAUAUUUACGUAUAACAUAUUUCAUCAUUUUAACAAUUAUUCUACGUUAUGUUAUUGUUACUUUGCUUUUAUAUACUGGGAGUUGUACUUUAUGCUAAUAUUACAUUGAGAUAGCAUAUCGAUAAUGACGAGUUCGGAAAACCGAGAUGUGAUAUAUAUACCUGGUGCAGUGCGAAUAUUAAUAUUAAUAGUUAUUAUGAUUAACACAGAUAUAUUUCAUAUUUUUGACUAAUGAUUUUAUUUAUACUAUUUUUGUAUUAAUUUUGUUUGAUGUGCGAGAAAAAUCGAGUAACUUUUAAACAAAUUUAUUGUGCAUAAAAUGAUCUGUGAUCAAAAGAUAUCUAGGAAUAUAAUAUAGUUGGUCCGUGGAGAAACAUAGCAAGCACAAAAUUGCUAAAUAGAUCAAAAGAUAAACAGAUCAAAAAUAUUUUGAAACUUAAAUCGACAAGCAUAUUAAUGCAAUCUAAAAAUAUAAAAUAUUUUUUUUACUUUUUAUCGAUUAAUCUUUUCUAGUCCAGAAUUACAUUAAUAAAAUAUCGCGCGAAGAUAUCUUUUUUAUAAUUGAUUUUUAUAUUAAGAUACAUUAGAUUUUACAUGAUAUGAUUCGGAACUUAUAAAGUUGCCAUAGAUAGAUGUAUCAAUUGUUGUGUAUUUCUUCAACUAAAGAAUAACAAAAAUUAAUUGUUUUGGAUAAAUUUUUCCAUUGAGUUGAGAUUAAUUGAUGUAAGUAGAGUGCAUAUUUGCGAUAACAUUUGGUAGCAAUCAUCUAACAUUAGAACAUAGACUGAUGACAAUAGUUUAAGUCUCAUUUAUGAAGGAUAUUCGAAGCAAAUUAAGGCGAGCUAUCAAUAUUUCUUCGUGUAGACAGAGAGAAAAAGUAUUCUAUUUUUCUGAAUGUGUAUUUUCGUAAAAGAAGAUAUAUAUAUAUAUAUAUAUAUAUAUAUAUAUGUAUAUAUAUAUAUAUAUAUAUGUAUGUAUAUGUAUAUGUAUAUAUAUAUAUAUAUAUAUAUAUUUUCACAAUUUUAGAAUCGCUUUAUAGGCGUGUUGCGGUCUUCCAUGUAUUGUCAUUUGAAUAGGGAAAUAAUAAUGAUGCUUGUGUACGUGAAGGCCGAAAAGCGGAAAAACGGCAAUAUUUUGUGAUAUUAAUAAGUAUGAUUUAUUAUUUCUAAAUAUAUAAUAAUGAUGUGAUGAUCUAGAAUGAUCAAUGAUAUAGAGCUACUAGUGAUUAUUCUUAGCUAUAUAUAAUGUACAUAAAUCUUGCGUAUAAAAAAAAACUUUCUUUUUAUCAAU